CCAGGAGAACGGCUCCGGUGCUCCUCCUGGGACCCCCCGCUCCUCGAUGACCUGUUUCUCACCUCGCCUCCGCCUUGCACCAGGCAGUGCCCGCAGAACGGAUACCCGGCUUGAAGGUCCCGGCAGCCUCCGGCAGGAGACGCCGCGGAGCCCCUGGUGCCCAGCAACGAGGCCUCCGCGGUGCCCCCGCCUUCGCUGCGGACACUGAACGGACUCUCCGUCCACCGGCGUCCCUCUGCACCCCGCCCCGUGACUCUCUCCGUCUCCUGCGGCGGGACGGGGAGACGGCUCCCCCAGGAGCGCACGCCCGGCGCCCGGUGGCCUCCUUGCUGAGCGUCUCCGCAGUGGACCUUGGGCCACGGGGCGCGCUGACCGCCUGCUCUGCGCUUCCGCCCUCGGGUUCUUCUCGCGCCCUUCGGUCCCGGGAACUCAAGCUAACCCUCCGGUUCCUUCCCGCAGCUGGGAAGCGUCUGCGCGCAGAGGCCUCCGACCCCGCCGCUCCCUCCGCUUCAUCCCGGCGUCGGGGGACCUGGACGCCUCCCCUCGCGGGGAUGGGGUCCCCGCCGCGCUCCAGCCCCCGUCUCUCCUGGAGAAGAGUCCUGUGCGUCCUUUUCCUGCCAUUUGCCUCAUCGGGUUUUGCUCCUCCGGCGAAACACAGAAAUAACUUUAUAUUCGAACACAGAAAGCUGCAUCCAAGCCCGCGCAGGUUCGACUGGUCGCACCUGACGCCGCGCGAGCUGCAGAACCGCUCGUGGGGGAUUCAGACUGAGGAGCGAGCAGGGCGCAACCCCUACUUCACGCUGGAGGGCCGCGAGUUCCUCAUCCUCGGGGGCUCCAUACACUACUUCCGAGUGCCACGGGCCUCCUGGAGAGACCGGCUGCUCAAGCUGCGGGCCUGCGGCUUCAACACCGUCACCACCUACGUCCCGUGGAACCUCCACGAGCCGGAGAGAGGCACAUUCGACUUCUCCGGGAAUCUGGACCUGGAGGCCUUCAUCCUGCUGGCGGAGGAGGUGGGGCUGUGGGUGAUCCUGCGUCCAGGCCCCUACAUCUGCGGCGAGAUGGACCUCGGGGGCCUGCCCAGCUGGUUACUGCAGGACCCCACGUCGCAGCUGAGGACCACCAACCACAGCUUUGUGAACGCCGUGAACAAGUACUUUGACCACCUGAUCCCCAGGGUGGCUCCGCUCCAGUACCGCCGGGGAGGCCCCAUCAUCGCGGUGCAGGUGGAGAACGAGUACGGCUUCUUCUACAAGGACAAGGCCUACAUGCCCUACCUGCUGCAGGCCCUGCAGCAGAGGGGCAUUGGAGGGCUGCUCCUGACCGCAGACAACACAGAGGAAGUGACGAGAGGGCACAUAAAGGGAGUGCUGGCCAGCAUCAACGUGAAGGCGUUCAAGGUAGACUCGUUCAAGCAUCUGUACAAGCUGCAGAGACACAAGCCCAUUUUGAUCAUGGAAUUCUGGGUCGGCUGGUUUGAUACCUGGGGAGUCGAGCACAGGGUGAUGGGCGUGAGCGAGGUUGAAAGGAGCGUGUCCGAAUUUAUCAGGUUUGGGAUCUCCUUCAACGUGUACAUGUUCCACGGGGGGACCAACUUUGGCUUCAUGAACGGGGCCACGAGCUUCGAGAAGCACAGAGGCGUCACCACGAGCUACGACUAUGACGCGGUGCUGACGGAAGCUGGGGAUUACACCGCCAAGUACUUCAUGUUCCGGAGCCUCUUUGAAUCCAUCCUGGUCAGGCCCCUGCCCCCUGUUCCGAGUCCCACUCCCAAGGUGGUGUACCCCUCCUUGAAGCUAUCUCACUACCUGCCGCUGUGGGAGGCCCUGCCUUACCUGCAGAGGCCAGUCACCUCUAACGUUCCGAUUAACAUGGAGAACCUGCCCAUCAACAACGGCAACGGCCAGUCCUUCGGGUUCGUGCUUUAUGAGAUGACCGUCUGCUCCGGGGGCCGGCUCCAUGCCAACGCACAAGAUGAGGCUCAGGUGUUUUUGAAUGAGACGAGUUUAGGGAUUCUUACCGAUGUUCAUCGGGACAUAGACAUUCCUCCAAUCACGGAAUGUCAGCUUCUAAGGAUCCUGGUGGAGAAUCAAGGUCGAGUCAGUUUUUCAUGGAAAAUUCAAAACCAGCGGAAAGGAUUGAUCGGACCUGUUACUCUGGAUAAAAUUCCUCUGGACUGGUUCACAAUCUAUUCUCUGGAACUGAAAAUGCGAUUCUUCAAGAAGCUCCACUCUGCACCCUGGAGGCCUCUCAGGGGCCCCUCCUCGAGCCCUGCCUUCUACCUGGGCACGCUGACGGCUGGCUCCUCGCCACAGGACACCUUCCUCCAGCUGCUUGGCUGGAAUCAUGGGUGUGUGUUCAUCAACGGACGUAACCUUGGGCGCUACUGGAAUAUUGGGCCUCAGGAAGCGCUUUACCUGCCUGGCUCCUGGCUCCAGCCUGGCACCAAUGAGAUUGUCCUGUUCGAGAAGGAGAAGAGAGGCUCAGGCGUCUUCAGCACAGACGUCCGCAGGUUUCGAUUCUCGGUUGGCUGAACCAUGGAUGUGUUACCUGUGGAUGUGGAGGACCAACUGUGCUUACAAUCAAAAUACAGCACCUGGCUUGAAUGCAAAGCAGCCACCAAAACCCGACUUAUCACUUCGUUAUGCUGUGUAGAGGCUUCAAGAAGUUUAGCAAGCAGUCUGGUGUCCAGAGGGCAGAAGGAGCCAUCCUGUUUGGCAGGAGGACAAAGUGAGACUGCCUUCUACUCCACUGUUGGGAAUGGCUGGCUCGACGAAGGAGAAUUCUGCCAUGAACCACACAGCUCCUCCAAAGGACCUUAUUCUCUGGGGCUUUAGACUCAAACCCAUGGAGUCUGUGGAGAAACCCAGAAAUCAGAACCAUCAGACCACAAGAAAGCAUACCUCAGAUAUGCCCAGACAGGAAGCUAAGGCCUGAGGAGAGGUGUCUUUCUUUGAUGACUGUUGUGUCUUUGGUUUGCUCCUCUUCUGCUUUCCUAUCUCCGCUCUAAUUAUUUUCUGUUGUUUUAAAUUGUGUAUCUAAAUGAGGUGAUGGAGGUUUACUAAACUUACUGUGAUCAUCGUUUCGUGACCUGUGUGAGUCAGAUCAUUGCGGUGCGCACCUCAAAUGCAUGCCAUGCUGAUGUCGACUCUGUCUGAGUAAAACUGGGAGGAAGAUGUAAGGGCCCGUUUCCUUCCAGAACCCCAGUGGUGCCGGAAUGGAGGCAGAUGUCUCAUCCACCAGUGUGUUCUCAGCAUCGAACACAGAGCGCCAGCUCAGCAAGGUGUCAGGAGCAGUCUAACCACAUGUCUGCCAGGUGUAAAGGACGUGAAGCGUUUCAGGGGAGGGACGCAAGUGAGGGUCGCUCCGUCUUGGUGCUUUCUGAGACUCGCGAAUAACCUGUUACGCGCCUGUCAUGUCAGGACAGCUAGCCCCUCAAGCCGUGUUCCUUCCGCAGCAGGCACAGGCAACGAACCCACUCGCCGUUUGCACGUCAUCCUCUGAUGCUACUGUUAUCUGCAGAGUGUGGUGGAAAAGCUCUAACGGCACCAAAAUAAGACGCAUAGUUACAUUCAUUAUUGUCUAACACACUGUUGAACUUCAAGAAAACUCUUUGUACAGAUAGCUGAGAUACAAAGUAUAUAUUUUGUAACAUCGCGGACUAGUAUGUAGCAAAAUAUAAACUCAGGGAAAAGGUUUCCUGUAUUUAUAUUGUUUCGUAGAAGGAACCUGGCGUCUGAGAGUCAUAAUCUGGGCAGGUGUAAAGGUCCCUCGGCAGUUGAAAACCGACUGGGAAGAAACUCAAAGAUCCGACCAGUGAGUGCUAAGGGGAAUCAACCCUGAGCGUUCACUGGAAGGACUGACGCUGAAGCUGAAACUCCAGGCCUUUGGCCACCUGAUGCG